AUGAAUGAUUUACCUAUGACUGAAGUUGAAAGAAAGAAAAAAUUAAUUGAAUCAAAUAAGAAAGAAAGGAUGAAUUUUGAAAAAGCCUUGGAGAAUAGUAAUGAUAAACCACUUGAUGAUGUAAUCGAAAAUAAUACUGAGAGUAUUAGUAAGAUGAAGGUUAAAGGUAAAUUAAUGAAUGAAGAAAAUAAACUCAAAAAAUUAUUUCAAAUAGCAAAAGAAAGUAGUAUAUCCAAAGAUGAUUAUAAUAUUCAAAAUAAUCUUCAACAAAAUAAUAAUUUUAUUAAGUUAUUUAUACUUAAACAUAAUUAUUCAUAUACAAAAAAAGAUCUUGAUAAAUUAGUUAAUGUUAUAGCAAUCUUUCUUUUGGAUUUUUUUGAAAAUGUUUGGAAAUAUCAAGGCAAGAUAGAAAAAAAAGAUGAAGAAAAAAUUGUUAAAAAAGUUUAUUGUUACUUUCCAUAUAUCAAAUAUAGAUUCUCAUUAGCAGAUAAUCAAAUUAAUAUGUUAAUAUGUGGACAUGCUUAUCAUAAAAAGUGCUUUCAACUACAAGAUAAUAGUAAUAUUUUAUUACUAGAAGAUUGUGAUUUGAAUAAAGCUGAAAUAUUAAAUUCAAAAAUUGAAAAUAAUCAAUUAAAUAAAAGAAUAGCAGCAUUUGUAGAAAAUUCUUCACAUUUUGAAUCAAUUAACUUGUCUGAUAAAAAUAAGUUUUCUUAUACUUCUCAUAAUUUAUUAU